GUUACAAUACGCCCCAUCUUUAAGCCCAGUCUUAUGCGCCGUUAGCCGGAGUACAACAGGACACGUCCUGUGUAAGCCGCCAGCCAAGGGUCAACGCCUGUGCCAUGACUACGUGAAGAGUAGCACUCAUCGGUUGAUAGGCAGCUAUCACAUCUACCAGGAAUAAAAGACAUGAUUGAGACAAUGGAUACCCAGCGUGCCUUGCAGGCAGUGGAGCGUCUCCAGGCCAAGCUGAAGGACCGGGGGGAGGUCCCCACCGAGGAGAAGCUCAGCCUGCUCAAGUCAGUUCUCCAGAGCCCCCUGUUCCACCAGAUUCUUGCCCUGCAGAAGUCUGUCCAGCUCCUCAAAGACCAGGGUGGUGUCACAUCAACACUUUGCGAUGACCUGAGUGAAUGCUACACAUCAGCCCAGGACAAUGGUGGCCAUCUUGCCUACCCAGAAGCCUCCACUAGUACGCAGGUCAAUGGGAAGCAAUCGCCUGAGGAUUUUGAGCACAUCAUUCGCUCCAUGGCUCAGGGGCGCUACGUAACGCACAUGGAGCUGGUGAAGUCACUGUCUGGGGGUCUGGGCUUCAGCGUGGUUGGCCUGAGGAGCGAGAACCGCGGGGAGCUGGGCAUCUUCGUCCAGGAGAUCCAGCCCGGGAGCGUGGCCCACUGCGAUGGGAAGCUGAAGGAGUCAGACCAGAUCUUGGCCAUCAACGGUCAACCCCUGGACCAGACAGUGACCCACCAGCAGGCCAUAGGCAUCCUGCAGAGAGCAUCUGAGUGCGUGCAGCUCACUAUAGCCAGAGGACCCAUCCCUCAGCUGGCCAGCCCAGUGGUGUCCCGUACCCCCUCCGCUGCCAGCACCCUGUCUGCCCACUCCAGUGCGGCCCACUGGAAUCAUGUGGAGACCAUGGAGCUGGUCAACGACGGGACAGGCCUGGGCUUUGGCAUUGUGGGAGGAAAGACCACCGGUGUCAUUGUCAAAACCAUCCUGCCUGGAGGCAUCGCUGAUCAGGAUGGGCAUCUGCGCAGUGGGGACCACAUCCUCAAGAUUGGGGACACUGACCUAUAUGGCAUGGGAAGUGAGCAGGUGGCUCAGGUCCUGAGGCAGUGUGGUAACCGAGUGAAGUUGGUCAUCACCAGAGGCCCUCCAGAGGAGACCGCCAUCGUCCCGAUGGUGUUGCCCACGGUCAGAGAGCAACAGGGAUACGAGGAAGAGGAGGCCGAAGCGUUUGACGUUGGGCUGACCAAGAACGCCCAGGGUCUGGGAAUCACCAUCGCCGGCUAUGUGGGGGACAAACAUUCUGAGCCCUCUGGUAUUUUCGUGAAAAGUAUAACUAAAGACAGUGCGGUAGAGCAAGACGGCCGGAUCCAUGUUGGGGACCAGAUCAUAGCCGUGGACGGUAUUAACAUCCAGGGCUACACCAACCAGCAGGCCGUGGAGGUGCUGAGACACACGAGCCAGACAGUUCACCUGAAGCUGAUCAGGCGAGGCUUCCGUCCAGAAGAUAUCCCACCCGCUGUGGUGCCCAGUGUGAUCGUAGUCUCACCAACCCCAGGGAGCAGAGACACGACACUGGAGAGGACGGAUGUUGUGGACGCCACCACUCAAGGUAAGAAACAGUACCAGGCAUUGAGUGAGGAAUCUGAUGUCACCAAUGUGAAGGAUCAGUUAACUGAGAAGACCAGAGACGGUAAGAAACAGUACCAGGCGUUGAGUGAGGAAUCUGAUGUCACCAAUGUGAAGGAUCAGUUAACUGAGAAGACCAGAGACGAAGCAAAGCUAACAGAGGAUGAGGAGUUAGAGCUGAAGAAGAAGUGGCAGGAGACUCUCGGCCCCAGCAAGGAAGUAGUGGUUGCCCAAGUGGAGAAGUUCAGUGAGAGCAGUGGUCUGGGAAUCAGUCUGGAUGCCAACAGCGGGCACCACUACAUCCGCUCCGUCCUGCCGGAGGGGCCAGUGGGACGCUGUGGGAAACUCUACAGUGGGGACGAACUGCUCGAAGUUAAUGGAAUAUCCCUGAUUGGUGAGACCCACAAGGAAGUGGUGAGCAUUCUGAAGGAGCUGCCUGUCUGUGUCUACAUGGCCUGCUGUAGGCCCUCCCCUCUCCUGAAGAGUGACAGGGAUUCUGGCCAACCGGGGUUGGAUGAAUUUGCUACUGAACCUAUAAUGAAGAUACAGGGAGACCUCGACAGUUUCCUGGUUUUCGAAGGUUCCGAGGGGGUGGCGACGAGGGAAAAUGUAACGGAUGAGACACUCGGAGCUCCUUUGGCCAUGUGGGAGACGGAGAUACAGGACAUUGAGCUGGAGAAGGGUGCGAGCGGACUGGGAUUCAGCAUCUUGGACUACCAGGACCCAAUGGAUCCUGCCAAGACGGUGAUUGUGAUUCGCUCUCUGGUGUCUGAAGGAGUGGCAGAACAGGAUGGCAGGCUAUUGCCAGGUGACCGGCUCAUGUUCGUCAACAGCACCAACCUGGACAACGCCAGUCUGGAGGACGCUGUCCAGGCAUUGAAGGGGGCUAACAUCGGCACGGUCCACAUUGGGGUGGCCAAACCACUACCUAUUGACUCCAAUGAGGUAGACCUGACCGACGAGAGGGUGUUGGCGCAUCGCUUCUCUGGCGAGGAGGAUGACACCUUCCAGGCAUCCAUGAUUGCCCUCCAUGGCAGCACCUGCAGCGCUGACCUGUCCUACCAGAUGAUCUUGCAGUCCUCCACACCCAAGCGGAGUGCUCGUCUGGACUUGUUGACCGAACAUCCCUUCGUGACGUUGUCCUGCCUCGCAGACGACACUGAACCCUUUUCCCCGGAGGAGAAGCCCAUCGCUUUCCCCUUGCCCAGGAGUAUUGGAAGUCACACCCUAAUGAUUGACAACAACACACUAGCUAUCUCCGAUCAGUACCUCGCGCAUCAAUUAACCCAAUUGGAGCUGUCGGAUCUGUCGAACUCGUGCAGUCCGUACACUGACCCCGAGCCCGGUUUGAAUGAUUUGGGGGAGCCAAUGCAGUCUCUUCGUUUUCCGGUGGAGCCCACCAUGGCCGUUGCAGACAUAGGGGAGAUGGAAUGCUUAAUGAAGGGGGAUGAGCCAUCUGUAAAGCAGUCCAAAGAGGAAGGGGACAAGAUUAGAACCACUGGGAGUCAUUUUGAAAGGACAAUCACUGUUGUCAAGGGCAACUCCAGUCUCGGAAUGACGGUGAGCGCAGUCAAGGAUGGCUUGGGGAUGCACAUCCGCAGCAUCAUCCACGGAGGCUCCAUCAGCCGAGACGGCCGUCUGGGGGUGGGGGACCUCAUCCUGGCCAUCAACGGCGAGCCCACGGCCAACCUGACCAAUACACAGGCCCGCGCCAUGCUCCGGAGACACUCCCUCAUCGGGCCAGACAUGGGAUCUGCUUGUGCACCAGAGGACGAUCUGUGCCCCUUUUAUGUCAUCACCUAUGUUCCCAUGGAGUAUCUGGAGGAGUACAAGGCCAGCCUGGAGCAGCCUAAAGAUGACAUCUUCUCUGAUGCUCCUCAGGCCCCAAAAAGAGAAAUCCCAGAACUCCCAGAGAGGGAGGAAGGAGAGGGAGAGGAGAGUGAGCUACAGAGUGCCACCUUCAGUAACUGGAACCAGCCCAGGAAGGUGGAGCUCAAAAAAGAAGCUGGCAAGUCCCUUGGCAUCAGCAUCGUGGGGGGCAGAGGAAUGGGCAGUCGCCUCAGCAACGGCGAAGUGAUGCGGGGCAUCUUCAUCAAACACAUCCUGGAGGACAGCCCCGCCGGCCGGGACGGGACCCUGAAGACAGGAGACAGGGUUGUUGAGGUGGAUGGCGUGGACUUGAGAGAUGCCAGUCACGAGCAGGCUGUGGAGGCCAUCCGCAGGGCAGGAAACCCUGUCGUGUUCCUCGUGCAGAGUAUCGUCCACAGGCCCAGGUCCUCAACCACGGACACCAACGAGGAGAGAGCGGCGGCCAUGGCACGGCGCAAUAGUGACAAGGAGGUUGAGAGUCACAGUAGACUAUUCCUACGCCUCUCCCCAACUAACCCUUUCACUCCUACUCCGUUUAAGCCACUAAAGAGGGAAGCGGGAAAGACAUCGUCCACCACUCCUCACCUCUCGCUUCCCGUGGUUCCCCACGUCGGAGAGACCGACACCGAUACCCUGACAGAGAUUCCCGACAGACAGGCCCAGGCGGAAGACAAGGAUGAGUUUGGCUACAGCUGGAAGAGCAUCAUUCAGCGCUACGGCAGCCUUCCGGGGCUGCUGCACAUGAUUGAGCUGGAGAAGGGGAAGACCGGCCUGGGCCUUAGUCUGGCUGGCAACCGCGACCGCUCUCGCCUGAGCGUGUUUGUGGUCGGGAUCGACCCCUGUGGCGCCGCCAUCAAAGAUGGUCGCAUUGUGGUUGGGGAUGAACUGUUGGAGAUCAACGGGCAGAUUCUGUAUGGGCGGAGUCACCAGAAUGCCUCCUCCAUCAUCAAAAGCGCUCCGUCGAAGGUCAAGAUAAUUUUCAUCAGGAACACAGAUGCUCUGAACCAGAUGGCUGUAGGACCAGUGAGGGAACAUGGAGACACCCUGGAGCCCCAGACGGAGCUGGAAACAUGUACUUCCAUUGCACCCUCGGCGAUCGAUGUCGACAUGUUCAAGUAUGUGCAGCACGUCAUUCUGCCGAAGGAGGAGGGUGGAUUCGGCAUCACUUUCAGUGAGGAAGAUCCCACGAACGGGGUGGUGAUUCAGAGUAUAACUGAAAAAGGACCAGCAGGAAAGGACGGCAGCAUCAAAUCUGGAGAUAAACUCCUGGCUGUGGAGGAUGAACCAGUGGUGGGCUACACUGUGGAGAGGGUCCACUCUCUACUGGGGAACGCCAAAGGCUCCGUGAAGUUGACAAUCUGCGCGAAUGAGUCAUUGCCCCUCCCCCCCUACUAUACUGACCAGGCCACCAGCAUCCCUAGCAUCUACAUGGCUAACCUGGGCCAGCCUGAGUCAGAGCCAAUCAGGAGCUCAAGUCGCUCGUCCACCCCUGGCACUCUGGCCUCCUCUGACCCUGUGACCUGUCCCAUCAUCCCCGGCUGUGAGACCACCAUAGACAUCUCCAAAGGCCACACGGGCCUGGGCCUCAGCAUCGUGGGGGGCUGUGACACUCUAUUGGGUACCAUCAUCAUUCACGAGGUCUAUGAGGAGGGAGCUGCCUCCAAGGAUGGGAGACUUUGGGCUGGGGACCAGAUCCUGGAGGUGAAUGGCAUUGACCUGCGCGUGGCCACUCACGACGAAGCUAUCAACGUGCUACGGCAGACCCCUCAGCGGGUGCGUCUGAGCGUGUUCAGGGAUGAGGCCCAGUACAAGGAGGAGGACCUGUGGGAUGCCUUUACCGUGGAGCUGAACAAGAAGCCCGGCCAGGGCCUGGGCCUCAGCAUCGUGGGGAGAAGGAAACGAAAAAGGAAACCUUCUAGAACCGGUACCGAAUUGAAGAGUCUGAGCAGGAACUGGAACGACACAGGGGUGUUUGUGUCGGACAUAGUGAAAGGGGGCGUGGUGGAGAGUGACGGGAGGCUGAUGCAGGGAGACCAGAUCCUGUCCGUCAACAAGGAGGAUGUCAGAAACGCCACCCAGGAGUCAGUGGCUGCACUGCUGAAGUGUGGUGUGGGACCCAUAGUGAUGGAGGUGGGCAGAUUUAAAGCCGGACCCUUCCACUCUGAGAGAAGGUUCUCACAGAGCAGUCAGAUAAGUGAAACGGGCAGCUGCAAGGUGACCCCUCACUCGCUGUCAGCCUCCUCUGGUAGCCUCCAGAUGGACUGUGACAGCGUACAACAUACAACACUGGACCACCAGGAGAUCAGAAUUGUUGAAUUCACAAAGGGUCUCACUGAUUCAUUGGGCAUCAGUAUUGCGGGUGGAGUGGGCAGUCCCCUGGGCGAUGUGCCCAUCUUCAUCGCCAUGAUGAACCCUACCGGCCUCGCUGCCCAGACACACAAACUCAAGAUCGGUGACAUGAUCGUCAGUAUCUGUGGGACCGCUACUGAGGGUAUGAGCCACAGCCAGGCCGUCACCCUGCUGAAGAAUGCCACCGGCACCAUCGAGCUGCAGGUGGUAGCAGGGCGUGAUACCACAGUGACCGGCCCGUCUCAGGAGCAGACAGCUGCCGGACUCUCAGUCUCCAGCCUUACUGCUACUAGCAUCUUCCACGACGACCUGGGACCUCCUCAAUAUAAGACCAUUACCCUGGCCAGGGGCCCAGAUGGCCUGGGCUUCAGCAUUGUUGGUGGCUUUGGAAGCCCACAUGGAGACCUGCCCAUUUAUGUGAAAACCGUGUUUGGGAAGGGGGCAGCGUCAGAGGACGGGCGUCUGAAGCGGGGGGAUCAGAUUAUGGCUGUUAACGGACAGAGUCUGGAGGGGGUCACCCACGAGGAGGCCGUGGGCAUCCUGAAGAGGACCAAGGGAACAAUUGCCCUCACUGUGCUCUCCUAGACACACACACACACCUCACCCUACACGCAUAGACAAAGACUCAUACCUUGGUGUAGACACACACUCACCCUCAUAUACUAUAUAUGUAUUGAAAUGUGAACACACCCAUUCCUAAACUCUAACAUGCUGACCAAACCGGACGCGCGCAAGUUCAUUUUGUUCACCCACACCAGAAGCGAUCAGGACACACAGGUUGAAAUAUCAAAACAAACUCUGAACCAAUUAUGUUAAUUCGUGGACAGGUCAAAUAGCAUUAAACAUUUAUGGCAAUUUAGCUAGCUAGCUUGCUAGUUAAUUUGUCCCGGGAUAUAAACAUUGGGUUGUUAUUUUAUCUGAAAUGCACAAGGUCCUCUACUCCGACAGAUAAAACGGUAAACCAAAUUAGUUUCUCGUCAUCUCUCCUCCUUUCUUCAGGCUUCUUUUUCUUUGGACUUUAUAUGGUGGUUGGCAACCAACUUUACGGUGCAUUACUACAACCGACUGGAGUGGGGACCUCAGUUAAUCUUUCAAUCACCCACGUGGGUAUAUGCUCCUAAACACCGAUGAGGAUAAAGAGGCAGGACGCGUUGAGCUUGACAAAUAGAACCAACUUCUAUUUUAGCGCCUGGCCACGCAGACUCUAGCUGUUGCGCGCAAGCAGGGUGGGUGCAUUGAUUGAAUAACAGGUAUGUGUACAUUUAUUUUGCAACCUUCACAAGAAGGUUACAAGAAGCUACUGCAGGUAGACUGAAAUAUUCACUGGACAAUGUGGCUCAGAUCUUUUAUACUCUAGUUUUCUAUGCUCAGACAUGGACUGUGUUAUUAUGAUAUUUAGGGUUAAGGGCCCUUUUAAGCAAUAUCUGAAAAAUAUUGGUAGAAUAAGACCAUUAUUUAAAGCUUAUGCUACUGUAAACUGCUGUCCAUCCUCUUCUAUAGUGAAGUCACUGUCGUAUUUAAGUCUAGACUCUAGACUGAAUAACAUUUGAAUAACGUUUUGUUUGUGACGCAAACCACCUUUUCAGGAGUGAAAUGAUCUUAAAAGCUUUGGUUUCUUGGUCAGAAGUUCUACAGACCAAGUAUCUAAGUGUGUGUACAUGGUCACACACUCAGGGAAAGGAGAGGGUGCGUAUGAGACGUAGUGUAGUUUUACUAAUGCAGAUGUGAAGUAUUGUUUCACAGUAUUUUACCGUUCAAGUAUUACCUAUUUUUAUGGUCAUUGUCUGCCAUGACCAUACUUUAUCAUAAUAUGAUAGUAGGUGAAGGAAACCAGUUUAUAUGGUCCAUCUCAGCUGUCUCCAACCUGGAGAGUUAUUGCAGCCUUUUACUCAAACCUAGCACUAGCACAGCUGUUUCACAUAAUCAACCGUUGACCGUUUUCAGUAUGGACAACAAUAAGCCGAAUCAAUUGUGUUGGGCUGGAACAAAAGCCUGUACACCCGGUCACUCUCCAGGAAGUUGGAGCUUCCUAAUUCAUUUCAAACCAUUAGCUAGAUACCCCAUGUUCUAGUUUCACAACAAUCCCCUUUUUAACAUGGCGUCAGUCACUCUUACAGAUGCAGGGUCUUAAUUUGAGCCAGUUUGCGACAGCAGGAAAGUAAUCCUGCAGCAACAGGAAAUGUGAAUUAUUAUGUGGGAUUAUAAUUAUGGACAUUUUUGUAGGGGAUUCCAAGUGGAAAUAACAAACUUCAGAAGCCUUUUUAAACCUCAAAUACGCAACAUGUUUAAAAUGUCCUGCAACAGGGUGAUCAAAUUAAGAUCCUAUAUUACAAUACAUGUGUACCUAGUUAAGUACAUCCAGCACAGUAUUGAGUUGUUCAGAGGCUGAAUUAAUAAAAGUUACCUUCAAGCCCCA